AUAACCAAAUAAUUUUGUUACACUUGGCACACUUGAGAUGACGUAACGUUCGUGUUCUACUUACCCUCUCCCGCUGUGGAAAGUUAUGAAACAUGGCUUCCGGUUUAAUAUUAUACACUGAUUUAAGCAGAAAGCGCGCAAAACAAGGCAUGGCGGAUAAUACAAAUAAUAUUUCGAUAAGGCUGACAGAAGCGAUAGGAAGGGUAAUCACGCAAACUUUGGGUACAAGAGAGAUAGUAAUGACUGAAAAUAUACAAGAUUUACAUGAAAGAGGUGAAAAUGAUAUUAACAGAAGGGCUGGCCGACCUAGGAAGAGAGUUAGCAAAGAACAUUUGUUGAACCUUCUUCAACUGAAAGUUCCUAUAUGUGGUAUUGCAAGACAUCUUUCAGUGUCAAGAAUUACCAUUUAUAUAUAUAUGGAGGAAUACUGACUAAGUGAAACUGUUGAAGUAAAAGAUGGAGAAGAUGUGUUUACAGCUAUGGCUGAUUUAACACUUGUUGCUGACAAGGGAUGUGUAUGAUUUAAAACAGUUUCACUAACAGCAUCACUCUUUUCAUCUUUAGGUUGGUUACCAAUUCCUUUUACACUCUUUCAGUAAAAUAAAUAAUACAGUCAUUAAAAAGUUUUGAGAACAGUUA